CGCCAUCUCUGUUCCUGCCUCCGUCGCCAGCUCUCCGUUUCCAGCGCCAUCAUCCUUCUUUGCAUUUGAAACUUCGUGGCAACUCUCCAGUCAUCUUUGCUGCUCUCUUCCGCUACCUGCGCCGCUAUACUCUACUUCACUGUUAGACUGGUUGGAUCAAUGAACUAGUAAAUCAGUGACUAGAAUGGUUCGAUGACUGGUUCGGUUCUCAGAACUUUGCUCAAACCUCUUCGCAUCUUAUAGCAGAGUACGCUAAACAAGCUAUGCAAUAGCAACAAUAAACCUUCAAUCAUGUCCGCACCAAAAACCCCAAUCCCACUUAGUCUUCCUCCUUCCCACCCAUCGCAACACUAACAACAACAGUUAAACAUAACCCCAACAAAGAGAUUUUUUUAUGCCCUCCCAUGUUCAACGGAAUCUACAACAUAAUAUCGCAAUGCCUGAGUUCCAGCACCAUUACCCUUUCCCACGCGCGUCAAGCCCACGCGCACAUUCUCAAGCUCGACCUCUACGGCGACACCUACAUCGCCACAAGGCUUCUCUCUCACUACGCCAAUAAUCUCUGCUUUUCACAAGUCACAAACCUCGUACUCCAUUUCUUCCCCAAUCCAACCCUCCCUUCCUUCACCACCAUCAUCAAUGCCUUCGCCAGGUCCCACCAAUACGACGCCGUUCUCCGCCUCUUCUCCCUCAUGGGUCAUAAGGGUCUUGCCCCUGAUGGGUUCCUUCUCCCGAGUGCAAUCAAAGCCUGUGCUGCGUUGCAAGCCUUGAAGCCCGGGCUGCAGUUUCAUGGGUAUGCUUUUGCGUCUGGUUAUGCCUUGGAUUCAAUUUUGGCGUCUUCUCUGGUGCAUAUGUAUCUGAAGUGUGAUAGUAUUGGGGAUGCGCAUCGACUGUUUGAUGAAAUGCCUGAGAGGGAUGUUGUCGUUUGGAGCGCGAUGAUCGCGGGUUACUCGCGACGUGGGAUGGUUGAGAGGGCCAAGGAGAUGUUUAGUGAGAUGAUGAGUGAGGGGGUGGAGCCCAAUUUGGUAUCGUGGAAUGGGAUGCUUGCUGGGUUCAGCAAUGCAGGGUGGCAUGUUGAGGCUGUGGAGUUGUUCAAGACAGUGCUGAGCGAAGGUUUUUUGCCUGAUGGGUCAACCGUAUCAUGUGUGCUUCCUGCUUUGGGGCAGUUGGAGGAUGGAGUGGCUGCGAAACAGGUUCAUGGUUAUGUGAUCAAACAGGGAUUGGGAUUGGAUAGGUUUGUGGUAAGUGCGCUGCUUGAUAUAUAUGGGAAGUGCGGAUGCACACAUGAGAUGUUGCAGUUGUUUGAUGAGGUCGAUCAGAGGGAAGUUGGUUCUUUGAAUGCUUUUCUAAAUGGGUUGUCGCGAAAUGGUUUGAUUGACACUGCAUUGGAGGUGUUCAGGAAGUUCCUUGAUGAAGGAGUUGAAUUGAAUGUUGUGACUUGGACCUCUAUGAUAUCUAGCUGUGCGCAGAAUGGGAAGGACAUGGAAGCUUUGGAGCUUUUUAGAGAGAUGCAGGCUCAUGGAGUGGAGCCUAAUGCUGUAACGAUACCAAGCUUGAUUCCUGCAUGUGGAAAUAUUUCAGCAUUGAAGCAUGGGAAGCAAACCCAUUGCUUUUCUCUCAGGAAGGGGAUAUUUGAUGAUGUUUAUGUAGGUAGUGCAUUGAUAGAUAUGUAUGCGAAGUGUGGAAGAAUCCAGUUAUCUCGGCUUUGUUUUGAUAAAAUGUUGGAUCCAAAUUUGGUUUCUUGGAAUGCAGUAAUGAAAGGAUAUGCAAUGCAUGGGAAGGCUAAGGAAACAAUAGAGAUGUUUCGAAUGAUGCAAGAGAGUGGCAUGGAGCCUGAUGAGAUUUCCUACACGUGUGUGUUAUACGCAUGCGCCCAAAAUGGCUUAACUGAAGAAGGGUGGCAAUAUUUCAAUAGCCUGUCAAAAGAACAUGCCAUUGAAACUAAAACAGAACACUAUGCUUGCAUGGUCUGGGGAGCCUUACUAAGUUCCUGUAGAGUUCACCAUAAUUUGAGUUUAGGCGAGAUUGCUGCAGAAAAGCUUUUCCUGUUAGAACCCGAUAACCCGGGGAACUACAUUCUUCUGUCCAACAUCUAUGCUUCAAAGGGCAUGUGGGAUGAAGUAGACAGAAUUCGUGAUGUGAUGAAGAGUAAGGGUUUGAGGAAAAAUCCUGGCUACAGUUGGAUUGAGAUUGGAAACAAAGUACACAUGCUUGUUGCUGGUGACAAGUCGCAUCCACAAAUGCAAGAGAUAUUGGAGAAAUUGGAAAAGUUGAGUGUUGAGAUGAAGAAAUGUGGUCACCUUCCUAAGACUGGACUUGUGCUGCACGAUGUGGAGGAACAAGAGAAGGAGCAGAUAUUGUGUGGGCACAGUGAGAAGUUGGCAGUAGUAUUAGGACUACUCAACACGAGUCCGGGGCAGCCUCUUCAAGUGAUUAAGAACCUGAGAAUCUGCAGUGACUGCCAUGCCGCUAUAAAAUUUAUUAGCAGUUUGGAAGGGAGAGAAAUUUUUGUGAGAGACACAAAUCGUUUUCACCAUUUCAAGGAUGGUGUUUGCUCUUGUGGAGAUUAUUGGUAAUUUCUCAUGAACUUCAUUUCUAGGGACAUCUGGUUUCUGCCAAACACAGAAUACACUAAUCAAGAUUAUUUGUAUACAUUUGAUGCAAUGGAGUUGUCAAGUUGAGAGCAAUGGAUGUGCAUUGUCAUUUUAGCAAUUGGCAGUUAGAUUAUAGUUAGCUGUCCCCAGUGGGUCUCAGUUUGACAAAUAAACAUUUCUGUUCAGUCCCUUGUUUCCUGUAACGGAGAUCUUCUGUCAGCCGCAUGAUCUAGAUUAUACUGAAAGGCGAUGGUGGUCCAUAUCAGCAGAUUUUCCUUUUUAGUUCUGUCCAUGUUGUUGGCAGAUGCAUGAUUUAGCAUCAAUUAGGAAAUUUAAAGACAUAAAUUCGAGAUAUUGUUCCUCACAAGCUAGCCUUCACAGCCUCCAGUAUUUUUUGUGGAGCUGACCAUGUGUUUCAUCUGUUAUAAAUAACAUUAGUGUCAACUUGGGAUAGAAUUUUAUUACUAUAAAUCCUACUUUUAUUUUUGAAUUCA